AUGCUGGCGAAACUGGCAUCCGGGACCCUCAAGAAGGUCAGCCUUGAGCUUGGUGGAAACGCUCCAUACAUCGUCUUUGAUGAUGCCGAUCUGGACCUGGCAGUGGAAGGCGCAAUGUUCUGCAAAUUUCGCUGCUCCGGACAGACCUGUGUGUGUGCGAACCGACUUUACGUCCAGAAGAGGGUAGCAAAGGAUUUCACUUCAAAGCUGGUGAAAAAGGUCUCUGAUUUGCAAGUCGGUCAAGGACUGGAUCCCUUGACCACACAGGGUCCGUUGGUCAACAAAGCUGCCAUUGAGAAGGUUAGAGAGCACAUCCAUGAUGCAACCUCCAAAGGAGCCAAAGUCGAAGUAGGAGGACAGCCUUUCCAGUCUCCAGGCUUCUUCUUUCAGCCCACAGUACUCUCGGGAGUCACCCAAGACAUGAUCGUGAGCAAGGACGAGACAUUUGGCCCACUUGCCCCCGUUUUUGAGUUCGAAACGGAGGAAGAUGUGUUGCGUCUGGCGAACGACACAGAAUUCGGUCUUGCUGGCUAUUUCUUCUCGCGAGAUAUCAGCAGAGCAAUGCGCGUGGCCCAGAAACUGCAGGUAGGCAUGGUGGGUGUGAACACUGGCAAGAUUAGUGCCCCCGAGGCUCCAUUUGGAGGCGUCAAGGAGAGUGGAUACGGUCGCGAAGGUAGUCUGUACGGACUGGAAGAGUAUCAAAACAUCAAGAGCAUUACGAUUGGAAAUCAAGAUGCGACGGCACUAUGA